AUAUUCAAAAGUUUAUUCGCAUUUUUUAUAAUCAAGAAAACAUAAAGAGUGCUGGUCCAAUACAAUCCGGCGUUUUUUUGUUUGUUAUUUCCAGUAAUAUCUCAACAUAAAGAAGCAUGUCUAAAAUUCGUCAAAUCAAAACGAUUCCAUUGAACUCAUAUAAGAAUUCGGUGAAAUCGAAGGCAUAUCAACACAUUUCUCACAUCUUGUUAGCUGUGAUUGUGAUUGCAUUAUCCAUUUCAAGCGUAGUCUUAUGGAACGUUUUCCAAAAGCAGCCAUAUGAUCAAUUGCCGUGCCAUUAUUUCCAUAGUGUCAAUAUUUCCGGUGGAAUUCAACGUGAGAAUGGGAGUAUUACAUUCGAUAACAUUACAUAUCCGAAACAUUUAUAUGGUGAAAUGGACAAAGUGAUACGUUAUGAUGAGUUUGGAGAACCAUUUUAUGAAAAAGUAGCACCAUAUUUACGCGGAUGCAUUUGUAAUAUUACCAAUUGCAUGCACGCUUCUUAUGUUGUUGACGGAAUCAGUAAAUGGGGUGACAAUGCCGCAGCAUAUCGAGUAAUAGAGCCAGAUCUAAAUACCGAUUUUAAGUAUAUCUAUGAAAAUCCUUGCGUGAAAAAUAUUGAAGCCACCCCCGAUGAAAUCAAUAUAACAGAUACAGGGAUUGUAAUAUACGACGGUAUCGAUUUAAAUCCGGACGAUUUAUACCGAUCGUAUGAUAUUAACGAAGGAAAUGUUACCUAUUUCAUUUGUUAUGAAAAGGCAAUCGAUUACAUGAAAAUUGAUAUACGCGUUGCCGUUUUGCCAUAUGUUAUGCAGCUUUCGGUGGCAUUCAUCGUGGCAACAAUUCUAUUGUACAUCUACAUGCGUGAUAUACGUAAUUUGCAUGGAAAAUGUAUGAUGUGUUAUUUACUGAGUUUGGCAUUUGGUUACGGUUUCAUGAGUUGGUUAUAUAUCAACGGUAAUGAUUAUGUUGAGCCGAUAUAUUGCAAUUUCGUCGCAUAUUCCAUGUAUUUUUCAUUUGAAUCGGCCUUUCUCUGGUUGAAUGUGAUUUGUUUCGAUUUAUGGUGGACAAUUUGGAACACAAUUGGAUUUGCAUUAACUGCAAAAAUGCGACUCUGCAUCUAUACGAGUUACACAUUUACAAUAUCAUUACUUUUGGUGUUCAUCGUUUUUGAAAUUGACCAAAAUGAAAAUAUACCAGAAGAAUACAAACCCCAAAUGGGUGUAAAUCAAUGCUUUUUUGGCCAUGAAUUUCUACCCAUGUUUCUCUACUUCUAUUUACCAUUCUUCAUUUCGACUUUGUUGAAUAUUGUAUUUUUCAUAUUGGUGGCGUUCAGAAUCCACCAAAUCAAACACAACCUAUCGAAGUUUGAAAGCAAAAAACAUCAAAACCAUGAAGACAAUUUCAUUUUACUCCUACGGUUGUUCAUUUUGAUGGGCUCGUGCUGGAUUAUGGAAGCGAUUUCAUUUUUUGUCGACCCGAAGAGCAUGAGCUUCUUUGUAUUUGACUUUUGGAACUGUUCCCAAGGAAUUCUUAUUUUUGUGAGCACAUUAUUCAAACAACGUGUACAAGCUAAGAUCAAGAAAAGAUUUUUCGCCAAACGACCAUUACGAAAUGGAAGCAUCAUAACGAAUAUCUCUCUAUUGAGUGUUGAUUCAACAAUGAAAUUUAGCCACAACACCAAAAGCGAUUAUUAGGAAUGAAAUGAUAUUUUCUCAGCGAUCGGGAAAUAUUGUUGAUUUUCGAAAAAGUAGAUCUUUUCAAACUUCGAUUUAAACCAUAGUUAUUAUGAAAACAUCACAAGUUUUAUGAAAUGAAUUCAAGCCCUAGCGGUUUUAUUCAUUGCAAAAUAAAUUGAGUCACUAGAUGAGAGUGCAUUAAGUUAAGAAUUGACAAGUUCAAAAAUAUG